AUGCGGUCCAGUCCCAUCAAAAGGUAUGGUGUUCAUUACGAUUGUGGUUGUAUUCUAACUCACGAUGGUGAUCUCAUACGAUUCAUGAACAAUGCAGAUGAACAUGCGCUAAAUGUUCCAGAAAUUUAUGCUGUUUUAUUCUCAACAUUUGGUGCCAUGGCUUGGCAUUUAUUAUUGUUUGAUACAUCAAUUGAAAAUUUGUGUGGGCCUAUCUUAUCAACUGCUGCUAUCAACGCUAGCUCAUCAGGUAAUAGUGAUCGAGCAAAGACGUGCCAUUUCAUUAGUGCCCGAUUACUAUCGACAUUUCACUUUUUAUCGGCUCACUUGAACGAAGACGAUGCAUGUAUUCUACUUAGCCGCUGCUUCGAACAAAUGACUCUUAUGACAAUAAAUCAGCAAAAUUCAUGGAUUAAAUCUGUCUAUUCAACACUUGAAGAUAAGCUGGAUGCUGAAAAAGAAUAUCAAAUACAAAUAUUCUAUCCUGUGUAUCAAAAAUUAGCCGCAUAUAGAAGUUACAUCAAUCAUUUGAAUCUACAAUCACAGAUACAAGCAAAUCUUAGAGAUUUUAUCAAUCGACUGCCUAUCACCCUUCAAUUUAAACACUUUAAAACAGAAUUACACAAUCCAUUACAUUCAGAUUUACCAUUGAAAAUUCUUGAACAUGUUCUCGAUUCCAUUGACUUUCUCAAAAUGACCAAGUAUAUUUAUGAUUUGGGUAAAUUCUAUCUUCUAUUACAUCAGACAUACACACAAUUAAUCGAACGAGAUGAAUUAUUAACAGUCAGCUUGCAUGAAUUAGUGCAACGAGCUCAGAAGCAUUACAAUUAUUCUUAUCAUCAUAGUGAGAAAGAAAAACAUUCCAAAAUAAUUGAGAACGGUUUGAACGCCAUUAAUGCUUAUCAUUCCUUCACUAGUGGUCUCAUUCGACCUGGUGCUUGCGAUGAAACACAACCUUUUGAAACGGUUACAUCCAAGACACCAGUGCAUUAUUUAGUUACAACAGAAAAUCAUGACGAGGGCGAUAUUAUUAUGCGUAUCCUCAGUAUUCUCGUCGAUUAUCACAAUAGUUUAUUGGAUUUGGUUGAGAAAGAAUUAAAUAGUAGUAAAAAUAGAGAUAUAAUCCCAUUGAAGGUAUUAUUUAACGAGCUUAUGUUAAAAGAAAUCUCCGUUAUACAAAUCGUCAGUGACAACACAGGUAUUAUCACAUUGACCGAUAAUGAUUGUUCAUGGAUCGAACAAUUAUGUCAAGCAAGUCUUACGAAUGAAGAAGAAUAUUUUCCAACAUCGGAUACACAAUUCAAUUUUGAUUUUCUCUAUGUUCAAUCGUACAUCAUUCGAACGUAUCUUCUUUUUUGUCGUAUUAAUUAUCGUCAUAUGGCACAAAAAUAUCAAUAUCAUAUACGUCAAACACAAAUUACUACGACAACGAUUGAUGCUGAAAUAUUUGAUUUAAGUGAAAAUUAUUCCAUUUCACUAAAUACUCAACAACUUGAAACUGAAUGGAAUCAUUUAAAGGACAUGUUAUUAGAUAAACUCUAUCAUGGUAAUAAUCUUCUUAGACAAAUAUCACGAAUACUAAGACAUCAUCCAGAAGAUGUAUCUUUCAAGAAUCUAUACGAUUUUAUUGAAUCAACAGAUCGAGAUACUAGUUUUCGUGAUCAAUUAGAAAUGUAUGAAAUUAAAAAUUUUCAAUUAUGUUACAUUCAACAUAUACGAAAAUUGUAUGAAAAUUCGAUCAAUGGUUUUGAAUAUUUGUUCAUCGAUGUAUCUGAUCUACUUCGAACUCCAAUCGAUGAUGAAUUAAAACAUGAGCUUAAACAAAUAUUUCAUACAAAAUUAAUUCAAAUCGAUUACAGUAAUGAAAUUGAUCAAUUAGAUUUAACAAUACAAUCAAUUACACAGUUGUUGAAUGCAUUGAAAUCAAUUCAGGAUACUAUAUCGCAACAAUCGACUCAUUCAUUGACUGUGAUAUGUAAACAUUUGAAAAUUAUUAAUAAGAUUCUUUCUUUGAUACCAGAAGGUAUUAAAUGUGAAAACUAUGUUGCUUUCUGUAUUAUUUUAAUUCAAUUACGAUCAACAUUACAAGAACAAACAAUCAAUAUUGAAGAAAAAAAAACGAAAUUAUGGAAUGAAAAUUUUGAUUUGCAAUCGCAUCAAGAAGGACAUUCAAAAGAAGGAAAUCGUUUUCAUAAUUAUUUGAAACCAGACAAUAAUCAAACGAUGAAUUCAGAUGAUCAAAGCGAUUGGAAUGUGUUCGAUGGGAAUUAUGGCUAUUCAGAUGGUUAUAUGAACAACUAUGAUGACUUACUUGGCGAUGAUAAUGUUCUUUUAACACCACAACAGGAAAAUGCAACUAUACCGAUUCAACAAAUCUACCAGAAAUCUCUUGUUGAACAAAAAAUCGAAUAUGUGUCUAUCUUUGAAUUGAGUCUUAAGUUCGUUCCAUUGGCAUCAGCAGUGAUGAUACAGCAACUAUUGAAUAAACAGCAACAAGAACAAGUGGAGUCCACAAAUUCCACGAAAGCAAUUAAGCUCCUUUUCAUUCAUCCCGAUGGUAAAUCUACUACUCAUUUGACGAGAAGCGAAAACUUGUACGAACAAUUAAAGAGAAUUGUUAAGGAGAAAAAAUAUAAUUUCGAUACAUUGGCUAUCGUCAACAAAAAUGAAAUAUUCGUCGAUUUGAUGACCAACAGUAGCUCACUACCCAAACAAAUAUCUUCAGAAUAUCGUAUUGUCGAAAAGGCAUUGUUAGUUCGUAUUCAAUUUCAAUUUCAAACAAAACUAUUCGAAUAUUGGGCUACACUAAGUGCAAAUAUUUCGAUUCUCAUCGAUCGUUUCAUUGAUGAUGGUGAUCUCAAAUCGACGUCGGCAGAUGUUUGUCUUUGUUUUACUGACGAACUCGGAAAAUGUAUUGAUAACGGAACGAUUGCUGACAUAUAUCGAACGAAUAAUGACAACAGUAGUAAUACAACAAUUUAUAUCACAGUAACGGAAGAGAACAGUAGCACUACUAACGUAUGUGAAGUAACUCUUCGAUCGAAACAAGUGAUGGAUCAAACUGGAUUGUCAAUAUUCGAUGGGAUCAGUCGAGAUGAUACAAUGAAAGUCAUUUUCUCAUAUGGCACAAAUAGUCAAAUAAUUUGUGCAUUGAAAUCAAUACCGGUUUAUCAGUUAUUAAACAAUAAUUCUAUGUUGGAACAGUUAAAUGUGAAUAUAUCUUUCCACGAUUGUGAUCUUGCAGUGGGAGAAAACAAUGAUAGAAUCUUAUCUCAAGAUGAUAUUCAACAGCCUGUUGUCAAUUAUUUAUCUACUGAUAAUCAACUCGUUCAUUUUCGAAUAUCGAUUUUAAUUCAAAUAUUCAGAUACGAUGAAAAACAAAAAAAACAAAAGCAACAGCAAAUAUCAAUAUCAGACAGAAACAUGACAGUUGAACAAUUGUUACAAUUGACAAAAACAACAUCCGAUGUUGUCGAAUAUUUGGCUUCGAAUAAUACACAAGUAAUAAUAGAGAGUUAUAAACAACUUUUGAAUUUGAACGAGACAGAAUUCAUUCUUGUCCAAGAAUAUCAAACAUGUCUUGUUUCAAUUAAAAAAUCAAAACAAUUACAGCUUAUUGAAAUUGAUGAAGGCAACGAAUUAAAUUCACGAUUUACAAUCUUUGCAACAAUUGCUGACGUUUAUAGACACGGUAAAAUAGAUGUUGAACGUCAACAUCUCUUGUAUUCAGAUGAUUUCGUUCCAACAAUGAAUGCUCAACUGAUAUCGUUCCGAUUGACAUCGCCUAUUCAAUUCACACUAAUGGAUGGUAAUUUACCUAUUACUAUUACCAUUCUAAAUGUAGAAGAAGGAUUUUCAAUAAAAUUUCAUUGUUUAAUGUCAAUCACUGUCAAACGUUUAUAUCAAAUAGCAUACCAACUAUUUAGUAUUAAUGACAACUUUCAUCAAUUAAUCUAUUCUGAUUGUUCAUUGGACGAUGAUGAGAUGAGUUUGGAAGAUCUUGAUCCAACUUCAACUGAUAUACAACUUCAGUUGAUCUGUAAGACAGUUUUGAAAAGUUCGAUUACAUAUCGCAAUCAGACUAUCAUCCUACCUUGUGAUGGCGAAACACUGGCAUCACAUGUCAUCGAAGAAGCAUUUCGAAGAUUUUGUAUACCUCAAGAACAUAUGAACAUAUAUGAACUAUUGGCAAAGGAUAGUGAUACAACACAAAUCGAUUCGACUAUGUUAAUUGAAGAUAUACUUCAGCUGUUCCCUUCUGAUACUGUGAUCAUACCAUUUGAGUUGAUAAAGAAAGACGAAUAA